AAACGAUGAAAGAUCCAGGUCGUGAAGUUACUCGGCCGUGCGAGAGGCAUAGGUAUCCUGUCAUACGGAUCACGGUCCUCCAUCAGGUCCUGGGAAAGCGCGGAAGUGCUUGGUCAGAAGCUGAACUUUGUUUGUGCACUCACGCUGUCGGAGGACAGCAACGCCGUACUGUACGAGCAUAGCUUUGGUCAGUGCGGUCGAUUCACGGUGUCCAGCCCACUGCUCAGCGCGGAAAGCAUGAAGCCAGAAAUGCUAUAAGAAAGGGCAAGUCGUCCCUCUGAAACAGAAUCAUCAGCACCAAGACCUCCAAGCCAAACAAGCACCUCUCCCAAGCCCAACGAGCCUUGACUCGAUAUUCCAAUCACUCCUGCAACAACACAUCCUUCACUACCAUCAAGAUGCAGUUCAAGAACAUUGUCGCUACCGUCGCUGCCUUCGCAGUCGGCACUGCCAUCGCUGGUCCACUUCCAGUCGCCGAUAUCGCGGCUCUGCAAGCCCGUGAGGAAAACGCCCAGAAUGCUCAGAAUGCCGAGCAAUCCACGAACGCCGUGCAAGCCAAGUUGACGGCGCAACAUGAAGAAUUCCAGCAGGGCCUCCAACAGCAAAACGAGAAGAUGGGCGCCAACGCUCCCUCUGACGCUCAGCUUGCCCAGAUCAAACAAGAAGUCCAGAAUGCCCAGCAAGCCAACAAGAACAACAAUGCCGACUGGGGGUGCUGGAACGGCUGUGGAGGCAACUACUGGGACUAUGGCUACACCGACUUGUACUCCCUUUACCCCUGGUACUACACGUACUACGCUCAGUUGUACAGCAGCAACUGCGGCUAUUACAGCUGGAACUACUGCUAUGACCCUCAAAGCGACGACGGCAACAACUGGGAUUACAACAACUUGUACUCCUGGUAGACGGUUAGCAGUACUGCUGUUACUGCUGACAUCCCAACCAAGGACCAGAUAGGCGAAGAGGGUGUUGGAGGAGAAGGCUGAGAAGUCGAGGAAACGAAUUGGUGCGCAAGAAUGGCUGACGACGAUGAUGACGACUUGUUACGACGCAUGUACUAUCCGACCACAGACGCUAUUGGCCUAGCAACAGAUUUAGAUCCGACCCAGACGCUACGACUAGCAUAUAGACCACUACCUGAGUAGUAAUCAUUUUGUAGAAUGCAAG